GAAGAGAAACACGAAGAAGAGGAAGAAGAGAAACACGAAGAAGAGGAAGUUUGGGCAACCCUUGUUGCCGAUGACACUUACGAAAUUUCCCAACCCUACCCAUACCAAAUCCGCAACAGGGAGACCGGCAAGGUUCUUACCCCAGUCCUCAACAACUUGGGACACUUGAACCUUAACCUUCGGAAUCGCGGUUCAAUUUCCAUGGGCAAGCUUGUCGCAAUUCAAUGGGUUCCAAAUCCAGGCAAGAAGACGAAGGUCAGACACAUUGACGGUGACAAGCUCAACAACCGUAAGGAGAACCUCGAGUGGUUCUAA